AAAUGCAACUUCCUGUUAAGACGCCUUUAGUGCAUAGCUGAAGGUGAGAUUGUUCCUGUCAUCGCUCUGUCUGUCAAGCCAAGCGCAAGCUUGAGGACGCCAGGGCAGAAAACACACAGGAAACUGUGACGACUGAUUAGAUAAAACAAAAGAAAGAGACUUAUGGUGUCUUAGAAGAGGCCUUUUACACUCUGUUAUGGCAAACGUCCCUGGACUAAUGUUCUUACUGCUGGUCCUGGCAGGAUUAGUGUUAUGUGAUGAAGUACCUGAAAGUCCAGACCAAAAUAAAGGUGGUCCAGGAGCUGGAAAUUCAAGCAAAAACGUUACAGUCCCAAGCACAUCAGGCUCACCCACAAGCACCCCCACAACUCAACACCAAACAAGCACAGCCAUAAAGCCAGAAGGUGCAGAAAUACCCAAAGAGUCAGGCUUACCCACACUCACCCACCCAACUAAACCCCAAAUAAACACAACCAGAAAGACAGAAGGUGCAGAAAUACCCAAAGAGUCAGGCUUACCCACACUCACCCACCCAACUAAACCCCAAAUAAACACAACCAGAAAGACAGAAGGUGCAGAAAUACCCAAAGAGUCAGGCUUACCCACAAGCACCACCUCAACUGAACCCCACAUAAACACAACCAUAAAGACAGAAGGUGGUCCAGGAGCUGGAAAUUCAAGCAAAAACGUUACAGUCCCAAGCACAUCAGGCUCACCCACAAGCACCCCCACAACUCAACACCAAACAAGCACAGCCAUAAAGCCAGAAGGUGCAGAAAUACCCAAAGAGUCAGGCUUACCCACAAGCACCACCUCAACUGAACCCCAAAUAAACACAACCAUAAAGACAGAAGGUGGUCCAGGAGCUGGAAAUUCAAGCAAAAACGUUACAGUCCCAAGCACAUCAGGCUCACCCACAAGCACCCCCACAACUCAACACCAAACAAGCACAGCCAUAAAGCCAGAAGAGCCAGGCUCACCCGCACUCAUCCCCUCAACUCAAAACCAAACUAACCCAAUUUUGCAAAGCCCAGACAAUAACACAUCAAACUUGCACUCAAGCACGCAUCAACAACCAAUUUCAAGCACAGCCAUGACUACAGCAGAUAACCAAACCCAAAACAGCUCUGACUCACUCACAUCCUCACCCACGGACACAAUCUCACCCACACUCACGACCAGCGCAACAACAGUGAAACCCUUGUGCAACUACAGCUACAGCUACAGCUUUGACGUGUCAGAUGGAUUACUGAAAGUGGAUUUUAACAUAAAUAGUCUUGAAGGCAAUUACACAAUUAUGCUGAACAACACAAGCUCUAUCAAAACAAUCCGAGUGCGACCUGAAGAGCAGAAAUACCAAAUAUCAUUUGCUACUUCAUCACUAAAGCCUUGCCAAAAAUAUGCUGUCAGUUUUAGUCCUUCCUGUACUCCCAUUGAUGCUAAAAAUUACAGUAAUCUGGAAACGAGAACAUUAGUUGACUCAGAUGUAAAUUUCACACUGAAGAAUGAUCAAGAAUGGUGUUUCAAGACCAUGUGGAAUUUGAGUUUUAAAGAAGAAUGUAUAACCAUCACUGAAAAUAACUCCUGCAGCAAUAUUCACCUGAACUUUACAGAAGACUUCUGUAAUAAUGCCACUGUAACUUUCCAACUUCCCCCAGUAAAGCCUGUUUUUAAUUUUACAAACAAGUUCCCCACUAAAUUUGAAUGGACCAAUCAGCCUACAAAAUGCAAAAACAACCUCACAUUCACCUGCAAUGGCACGAACGUAGACUAUUCAAAGUUGGAACCUUUUUUGGAUCAUAUGUGCACUGGGACAUAUAAUUUCGGAAAGAGGUCAAUCACUAGCGACCCCACGAAAGUUAAGAUUGAAUGCAAUAUUGGUAAUGUCGCUAUUGUCAAUAAAACGGGAAAAAGCAUCAGUGCAAGAUGGGAUUUAAACAGCAGAAACUGCCCAGACAUUCAAAAGAAUUUCACUUUGACAGUGAGCAGCAAUAAGACCACACCAAUUUUAGUGAACUGUGUCAGGGACCACUGUAAAAUUGAGGAUUUGGAAGCCUUUACUACAUAUAAGUGCACUUUUAAUGCAAAUUACAAGAAGAUCGUUUUCCGCAGUGUUUCCUUAAUUGAAACGACCUCAUCUACAAAUCCCGAUUUAACUAAAAAGUUGAAACUCAUUCCUACUUCUCAUAAUUCGUUCAAAAUUGAUUGUGAACUUAAAAGUUGGCACGGGCCCCAGGGAAAAUUUGAAGCAGUGCUCUACAAAGAUAAAGAUGAAGUCAAAACGAAUGAAAUAUGUUCAUUUGAAUUCAGCAACCUCUACUACUUAACACACUAUAAAGUGAAGGUCAUUGCCACAAAUGGUAACGGGAAUAAAACUGAGAGCGACAGUGUGGAUUUUGAUACUAAAUACAAUGACAAAGCUGUUCUUGGAUUCCUGAGCUUUCUCAUUAUUGUCACGUCUAUCGCGCUCCUGUUUGUCCUGUACAAGAUUUACCUUUUAAAGAGGGAAAAGUCAAGCAGGAAUGAACAGGAAAUGGAUGACCUUCUUCCAUCAAAUGCACUGCUUAGAGUGGAACCCAUAAGUGCUGAAGAGCUGCUCGAUGCGUACAAGAAGAAGAGGGCUGAUGAAGGACGUCUGUUCAUGGAAGAAUUUCAGAGCGUUCCACGUAUUUUCUCCAAUUUCUCAGUCAGAGAGGCCAAAAAAUCAGAAAACCAUACAAAGAAUCGCUACGUUGACAUUCUUCCCUAUGACUAUAAUCGCGUCUCUCUCUCUCACGGAGGAACAGAUGACUACAUCAACGCCAGUUUCAUUGAGGGUUACAAGGAAACCAAUAAAUACAUUGCAGCCCAAGGACCCAAGGAAGAGACAAUAGGAGAUUUCUGGACGAUGAUCUGGGAGCAAAAGACUUCCAUUAUUGUCAUGGUAACCCGUUGUGAAGAAGGAAACAAGAACAAAUGUGCUCAGUAUUGGCCAUCAAUGGAGAGAGAAACAGAGAUUUUUGAUGAUUUGGUUGUGAAAAUCAAGGGAGAGGAAAAAUGCCCGGAUUACAUAAUCCGCCACCUGACCCUGAUGAACCGUAAAGAGAAGUCAGCAGAACGUGAAGUGACUCACAUCCAGUUCACGAGCUGGCCUGACCAUGGCGUCCCAUCUGAUCCCGGCCUGCUCCUUAAACUUCGCCGCAGAGUCAACUCCUUCAAAAACUUCUUCAGUGGACCAAUUGUCAUUCACUGCAGUGCCGGAGUUGGUCGCACAGGGACCUACAUCUGUAUCGAUGCCAUGAUUGAGAGUCUGGAGGCAGAAGGACGUGUGGACAUUUAUGGAUAUGUGGUCAAACUUCGCCGUCAAAGAUGCCUCAUGGUCCAAGUGGAGGCCCAGUAUGUGCUCAUCCACACGGCGCUGAUCGAAUACAGUCAGUUUGGCGAGACGGAAAUGGCGCUCUCAAGUUUCCACUCGGAGGUCAGCACACUCAGACAGAAGGAGGGAAGUGAACCGUCUUUAAUGGAGUUGGAGUUUCAGAAACUUCCAAAAUUCAAAACCUACAGGUCGGCCAACACGGCACGCACCGAGGAGAACAAGAAGAAAAACCGCUCGUCUAUCAUUCCAUAUGACUUUAACAGAGUCCCAAUUAAACUGGACGAUGAAGUCAGCCAUGACAGUGAUGCUGAUGAUGAGCAGGAUUAUUCCUCAGAUGAAGAAGAUGAAGUCCCAACCAAAUACAUCAACGCCUCCUAUUUGGAUGGAUACUGGAUGCCGAGUAGCUUCAUUGUGGCACAGGGACCUAUGGAGGACACGGUUGCUGACUUUCUGCACAUGCUGUACCAGAAGCAGGUUCAAACUGUCUUCAUGCUCUCGAAUUGCACUGAGAAUGACAAGGAGUUCUGCACCCAGUAUUGGGAUGAUGAGAAGAAAACAUUUGAGGAGAUGGUGGUGGAGGUUAAAGAGACUGAAAACACCCCUACAUACAUCAGACGGUGCCUAGAAAUACAGCACACCAAGAGGAAAGACAGCCACACACUGCAGCAGUACCAGUUCCUGAAAUGGGUGGGUCAGGAGCUUCCAGACAACCCUCUCGAUUUGGUUGACAUGAUGAGAAGUGUCAGACAGAGCGGUGACAACUACAACAAAAACAAGAAUUUCCCCAUUCUAGCACACUGCAAUGAUGGCUCCUCACGUUCUGGAAUAUUCUGCGCCUUGUGGAAGCUUCUGGACAGUGCGGACACAGAGAAACUGGUGGACAUCUUCCAGGUGGCCAAGGACAUGCGCAAGGCUCGCAUGGGCAUGCUCACCACCUUUGAGCAGUACAAUUUCCUGUAUGCUGCCCUGGAGGUUGCGUAUCCGGUGCAGAACGGUGAGGUGAAGAAGCCCAGCGAAGCCCCUGCUGACACUGUGCAGGUUAUUAACGAAUCCACAGCACUGAUCAGUCCCAGCACAGGCACUGCCACCGAAGAGAGUACCAAGGAAGGUACCGGCUCAGUACCGCCUGAAGAGGGAGCCACUGAGGCCAGCACAGAGCCAGAGAAAAGCCUUAGUGAGAGCACCCCUAACGGUCCUACUGCUACAGCAGAGGCGGAAACUGUUUAACUAUAAAUGCUCAUAGUGCCAUUUAUAGUGCAGCUUGCUUUUUAUUCCUCAAAAAAUACAUAAAUAAAAAAAUAAAAUAAAUAAAUAAUAAUAAAAAAAUGACUAUAUAAGACUGCUUAUCUGGGUCCCUGUAAAAAGAUCCUAAUGGAACUUUACAUUUCAGAGAUUUGUUGUUUUUCCAGUAUAAUUCAGUAUAAUUUAAUUAAUGAAGAUUUCUUUAGGAUACUGAUUCCCAGUUGUGAGAAACAACAACCCCCUUUUUUAUUUUACAUUGCAGUGGUGUAUUUUAGCAUAACAUUUAGGCUGUAUUAACAUUAAAUCUGUAUUUAAAUCAAAUAUACUGUUUUGUUAUGAAUCUGUUUCUCAGAAUUUGUUUUAAUUGUGCCUUUUUUUGACUUUAAACUGCAUUCAUGAAUGUAAUGUAAAUGGAAAGUUUGCUAAUGUUCAUUGUAUAUCUAUAUAUAAUCUAGAGAUAUUUUGUUAACAAGUCUAAGUUAUAAAGUGGCGAAUGUAGAGUUACAGUAUGUCAUGCAAAGAUUUCUUUGCACUACAAUAGUGUCUUCAAACUAUCCGAUUGGUAUGAUUUUCAUUCGUAUAUUAAUGUUAUAUUGCAUUCAUAUAUCAAUGUUAUAUACAUACGGUCUUGUUUCUUUUUUUAUUUGGGAAUAAAUUGAAUAAAGGAGUUCAAUAUGUCGCUAUGUAACAAUCUUGCAUUUAAAAAUACCACUUUAAACCAGCUCAGGACCGUUAGCAUGUAAGUACUGCUUAUGUGGGUUUGUAGGACACUCCAGAUGCAGAACCUCACAAUUUUGUUUCUCUUCAAAGAAAAGAAAAAACCCCCAUUCAAUUUGGGCUGUGACAACAUCCUGUGCAGAUGUGAUCAAACACACAAAGUGUAUAGUGAAGAUUUUACUGUAGCAAUUUGAUGUUGUCAGUGUUUCGUCUUAUUUCAAUAACAAACUCAUUGUUAGUUCGUCUGUAUUAAUAGUACAUUCAUAAAUAAAGUGUCUACCUGUCAUGCAGUGGCACAGGAGACUUUUACCGAAA